CUCGUUUAUUCAUUCAACCAGCCUCUCUCGCUCUCCACCACAAUUGUAGCCAGCGCAUACGUACAUACAUACUCAUUCUUUGUCGGUCACCUUGGGCAGAAAACCACCUGUUGGGUGAGCUGUUACGGACAAUUUGUUCAUCUGUUCAAUUAUACGUCGUUAUUUGAGCCAAGACUGAAACCUGAACGCCAUAAUGUCUGAUACCCGCAAGUCAAACAAGUCACCGCUUCAAUCGCUGGAUCCUCAGCCCAUCCGUACUCCGUCUCCCUCUCGGGACCGUGACCGAGAGCGAGACCGGCGGGAUCGUGCUUUUGAUCGAGGUCCAGAGAGAGCAAAGUCAUAUCCAGGUCCUGAAUCUCAGUAUGGUCCUCAGCCUUAUGGACCUCAGAACUACAAUCCCCACGAUUAUGCCAACCAGAGCUAUAAACCUCAGAAUUACGACUCACCAGGCUACAACCAGCCUUACAACCCGCAGAACUACCCUCCCGUAACUGGUCCUCAAAUUGGCCCAGGCAACCUCCCGAUCCGUCCCGCCUCUGAAUCAUAUCUUCCCAACCAUGCCGGAGCCAUGGCUACUGCACCAACCCAGCAAUUGGUCCCCGCCACAGCACCGAAUGAUCUGCGAGAGUUACAAGCUCUCAGAGUCAACUGCCAGUUCAAUCUGCGCGAGUACAUGAGCCUGCAGCGUCAGCGACGAGGUGGCGAUUCCGCCGUCUCUGCUUAUGAGCUUGAGACGCGGAUUCGAAACCAGACCAACAUGGUUUUGAAUGAUCUGAGGAUCCUGCAGGGUGAGGUGCGCAGCAUCGCUAAAGAAGCCGAGAACCACCGAUGGCGAAGAUGGAUCAUCGGAGGAGCCAUUGCUACGUUCAUUCCCUUCAUCCGCCGCUUCUGGCGCCGAAACGACGAUGACGAAGAUUCUCACUCAUCAGCCAACGACACCGAGUACGCCUUCAAAAAGUCAAAGGGUCUUCUCGAACACAUUAAGAACGGUAUACUUGGCAAAGGCCGGUUCGCCAAAAUAGCAUUCUUUGUAUUUGCCGUGCUCGUUGUGUUUUCUAAUGAAGUGUCUAUCCGAGUAGCUCGGACUGUGCAGAAACGGCUUAAGAAACUGACUGCGAGAAUCGAGCACGGUGAUCCCGAUAUCGAUGAGAAGGACAUGAAGCUUCUUGAGGGCUGGCGAUGGAGGGUUCUACUGUGGUGGAAUCAACACAAAACUGAUUUCUUCAAUAAUCCGGAAUGUGUUAUGCAAUUGACGAAAUCGCUUCUCAAGCUAGAUUUUGAACUGAAGCUAGAACUUCCUGGCGAUCGACUAUGCCCUCCUGUCCUAAAUCGACACAACUAUUUACUAUGGCUGAAAGGCCUCCUGGACAGCACUUCAUAUGAGAACCAGGAUAGAAAAAUCGUUGGUGUAGAUAUUGGCACUGGUGCAAGUUGCAUAUACCCUUUGAUGGGUUGCACUGAACGUGACUGGGAGUUUAUCGCCACUGCAGACAUCGAUUCAAAAAGCCUCGAGUAUGCUCGCAAGAACGUGGCGCUGAACAAACUCGAACAAAGGAUCAAGGUCGUGGAGCGAAAGCCAACCGAUGCCCUCAUUCCGCUCGAUGACCUCAAUGUUGACAGCCUCGCAUUCACCAUGUCAAAUCCACCCUUCUACAAAUCCGAAGAAGAGCUACUGGAGGGCGCGAAGCAAAAGUCUCGCCCGCCUUUCACAGCAUGUACAGGAGCCAAGGUGGAAAUGGUCACUGACGGCGGCGAAGUCGCUUUUGUUGACCGCAUGCUCAAAGAGUCUCUCGUCCUUCAAGAACGUGUACAAUGGUACACAUCCAUGUUCGGGUUUCUCACAAGCCUAAUCGAGUUUGUGGACAAAUUGAGAGAGCACAAAAUCGACAAUUAUGCUGUUACGGAGUUCGUCCAGGGCAGCAAGACAAGGAGAUGGGCUAUUGCAUGGAGUUUCGGAAACAUGAGACCAGCCCAAUCAGUUGCACGCGGCAUCAAGACAGCAGUUUCCAAAAACGUGCUUCCAGAGAUCACAGAAGAGAACGUCGUUAACAUACUUUUACAAGAGAAAAUUGGUGACUUUGCGAAUCGAUUUCGAGUUGAACUUGAGAAAUUAGACUUGAUCACAUGGGAAUGGGACACUGGACGCCUAGAAGGGAUCGGACGAGCAACAGGUCGCGUCUGGGCACGAGCUUGGCGCCGAAGAAAACAAAGAGGGGAGACUGAAGACCAAAAGGAGGUAGACGUGAAGUGCGAGUUUGCUUUCAAGGUUUCCAUACGAGUUGGUAAGGAUGAUGUGUCAGUCCAUUGUCGAUGGCUUGAAGGUCACGAUCCUGUCACAUUUGAGAGUUUUCGGGGGUAUUUGAAGAAGACGGUGCGGUCCAUCAACUCUCAGAACACUGAGAACAAAACAUAG